AAUCUAAUAUAUAAAUUUGGGCGCAUUGGGUAUCGUUGUGCGUGCGAAUACUUCUCUUUAAGAGAGGCCCUAGAGCAUAACAUUCAUUUAACCUUUUUUUCCUGUGAAAGAAGAGACUUGACCAUACGCAUUUGCAAGGUCUCGAAUGGUGGGAAACAUCGAUACCUUCAUGCCCUUUUCCUGUUCCAUUCCAUUCCUCCCGCACAUACUCUCCUCCUCCUCUCCUUCCACCAUUGGCUCCUGCAAACAAGCCUGGUACUAUCGCUGCCUUGGCCUCGACCCAUCCAUGUGAACUUCCUGACUUUUCUCCCCCCACCGGCGGAGGAAGUCUGAGUUGUUUUCUUCGGUUAUUGCAUAAUCUUGUGAGACAUCCAUGGAUAAAAGGCAGGAAAAGAUGAAGAGGAAUUUGUCUGAGAAAUCACUGCUGAUGCAAAAGCAUAAAAAGAAGAAUAGCAGUGAUGAUCAGAGCUCGAAGAAGAACAGGUUUUUGGUCACUGUCAAUGUCCUUGGAAGUGCAGGACCAAUAAGGUUUGUGGUGAAGGAGGAUGAUCUGGUCUCAGCGGUGAUUCAGACUGCCUUGAAGACUUAUGCCCGUGAAGGCCGUCUUCCGGUUCUCGGUACGGACGUCAACAACUUUGUUCUCCAUGCUGCUGCAAAUUCAGAUGCCUUGAACCCAUCGGAAGCCAUAGGAUCUCAGGGAGGAAGGAACUUCGUGCUGUGCAAGAAGCAGAUCCAGCCACAGAUGACGGAAGCCAGAGCCGAGAUGAUAUCGCGCAAGAGAAGCGGGAGUUGGAAAGCAUGGCUCAACAAGAGCUUUAGUUUCAAAAUACUAUCUCAUUGAGAUGUCUCUAUCUUGUAUGUCCAAUUUCCCUUACAUAUAUUGUCUUAAACUUAAAUCAUUAUGUUCCCGCGUUCAUCCGCAAAUAAAUCGCUAAGGCACAUGAACUGUUAGGAAAGCGCAUCCUAGUUUCUAGCUUGUAACUGAUAUGGACACCAUAUAUGGCAUAUGUGUUUGCUUUUUUAUCA